GAUAUGUUGAAGAACACCACCAAAGGCCACCCAGAUAGGCUGCCUCUACAGAUGGCUCUCACGGAACUUGAAACGCUGGCGGAGAAACUAAACGAAAGGAAAAGGGAUGCAGAUCAGCGCUGUGAAAUAAAACAGAUAGCCAAAGCCAUGAAUGAGCGUUAUCUGAACAAGUUACUCAGCUGUGGCAACCGGUACCUGAUCCGAAGUGAUGAUAUGCUCGAAACGGUUUAUACGGACAAAGGGGAGAUCAUGAAAACCAAGGAACGGCGCCUCUUUAUGUUAAACGAUGUUCUCAUGUGUGCCACUGUGCAUAUUCG